CUCUCUCUCGCCCUCUCCCGUCUCACACACAUCCCGACGACGGCGACGACGUUGAGCUCUACCGUGGGCGUCCAUUCCUUUGAACCAGCAUCCGGCACUUCACUCUUUCAGUGCCCCGCAUCACAUUCAUUUGACUUGCGCCGAAGCUGCGACAUUCAAUAAUAGCAGACCACUUCAUUUCGCCAGCAUCCUCUUCCUGUUCCUCUUCUUCUCCUUCGUCCAAGGCAGGAACGGUCGAAUGCCAUUCGGGAACAGCCAGCCUCUACCACAAUGAUCAACUCUCUCAGUCGGCGAGCCGAAGGUGCAACAUCUGGUCGCACAAUGAUCAAGCUGGUGGUGGCUCUGUUGGUACUCCUGAUUGUCGCUCUUGUUCUCGCCGCGGGACUUUUAUACCUGCGCUACCGCCGAAGAGCGCGUAAACAAAACCACGAUCUUCCUCCAUACAAUGAUGAGGAGAAGCGAAUGUCCUCGAUAUCGACGACUUCGUCACAUCGCCGAGUCAUGGACCGACCACAGGAUUCGGUCUAUGCAUACCAGGAGAAGCAGAAUACGGCGGAGAAGUCCAGCAGUCCUCCCCCCAGCCCCCUGCCGGCGAUACAUAUCACAUUUCCCGAAGAGUACGACGACUCCGGGAAGCGGACUUCUGGAAAGGUCGUCGUCGUUCGUGUGGGAGACGGCGGCGUGGGACUCGAGCCUGUCGAAGAACUGCCUACGCAUCAGACAGAUGACGAUAAGCGGUUCGAGUCUUUGGAUUUAGACCGCAUUGGAGGGCUGGUAGAGAAAGCAAGGAAUGCACCCAGCUAUGACAAGUAUGAGAAGCUGUAGGGAGAGAUGCGUAGGAGGAGUGUGAAGUUGAUUUACGACGAUACGACCAACCUCUUUCCGGCUCGUGCUCCAACAGAAGAGCUCCACGACUUGCAUGAGCAUGGGUCUGCGACUGUGUAUUUGUUUUGUCCUUUCUCAGGAACUGUGUGUGCCUCUCCUGGAUCGAACGCCUGGGCAAUCGACGAUGCCUCAAGCAGUGCUGGGUAGUGCCAGAAGGCAGACCUCGACGGGCAUAGAUAAUGUGUUUCUGCUGGCACUUGUUUUUUCUUUCCUUGUAUCCAUUGUAACAGACGACAAUACGUCGACGCACCGAGGUUGCGAAUGUGGGCUCGCCGUUCGCAUUGUAUACUAUAUAGGUAGCGCAUGUACUGAUAGCUGAUGAGGCCUACCCGACUGUAUCGUCUGUACCUGAGCUUCGCAGAGAAUCGAUCCGUUAUCAACGCC